GUAAGAGUCAUUGUUGUAAUAGCAAACUCUGCCCAUUGCUCUGAAGAGCCAUUAUUUAUUCAUUGAGCAGAGGAGUUACACGCAACAGUUGUCAAGAAAGCGUCAGCUUAUUAGGCAAGAUCUGCGUGAUCCCCGAAGAAAGUCUAAGCUAUAAAACCUGGGUUCAAGACUUCUGUUUGUAGAGAAUUAUUUCACACUAUGACAGCACCUUAAGGACGAAAAGCUAAAAACAUCACAAGGAGGCACAACAUCACUUACCUUUCAUGCUACAGUGGGACAUAACCCCAGCAGCAGCCAAGCACCUUCCCAGGGAGACUAGACGGUCUCUGCCUCUGUCAGCAAUUUAGGGAUCCCCUGUGCUUCAGUUUUAUCUGAGCUUCGAUCUUUGGAGUGUAAUAUGAAGUUCCAGCUGUGGGUGUCUACAGGAAUCCUACUGGUGUCUCUCCUCCCCUGUCAUGAGUGCCGAGCUCUUAGUAAAUCCCCAGAAUCUUCUCCUGGAGCUCCCCUGCCUGCUCUGUCCAAUUCCCAGCCCUUUUUACUCCGCAUGGGAGAAGAGUAUUUCCUACGCCUAGGCAAUAUCCAGAAGUAUUCCCCAAGCUUGAUUGCAGCCAACCAGCUUCCCGAGGCAUCUGCCGGUAACUUUGUGAGAGCUGUACAGCAACUGCAGGCUCAGCAGUGGAGCAGCCAGCCGGGGCAGAGAGCUGCAGCUUUGGAUGGAGCAGACAGCCCUUACAGUGCUCAGGAAGAGCCCACAGAAAGAGCAAAGCGUGCAGAAGAGCCUCCCAUUUCCCUGGAUCUGACUUUUCACUUGCUCCGUGAAGUCUUAGAAAUGGCAAGAGCUGAGCAAAUAGCCCAGCAAGCUCACAGCAACCGGAAACUCAUGGACAUCAUUGGAAAAUAGCACAGGUCUCCCUACCAAAGAGUUCUCUGCAUUUAGCACAAACGGUGAUGUACCAUAAAGCUGCCCUGAAACCAUCUGUUUUAUUUUUUUUACUGCUUCAAAGUCGCAGGUUGUGCAUAUUAACCCCUUUGCUGCCAGAGGAGCCAGCACUGACCCUGUCCUGAGCAUGGUGUUCCUGGUUCCUCGGGAAGCGAUAAAGUGUUCCCAGACUACAUUUGUUUUUUUCAGCAUGCACAGGGUAUAUUUGACUGCAGUGAAAGGCAACAGAUGUAGUUUGUAAAUAUAUCCUUUUUUAUUUUAUUUUACAGUCACAGGUUAUUCUUGUGGUAUAUUUCCUGAGAAACACCCAUUUGGUGAGGGUUGCAUUUUAAAGUCUUAAGGGAUAAGCUUAAUCUCUCGAAACCUAAGGGGGUUUUCCUCUGGGAGGGGAAAGAAUUGUUGUAAUUUAUUUUGCAUCAAAGUUUAUUGUAUACAUUUCCAUAAUAAAACAUCUAUUCAGCAUUGGUGCAACUUGGGUGUGUAACAUAACAUCUAAUAUCUAUAUUUUUAAAUAAAAUCUACAAAGCUU